AUGAACACUGCCGCUACGCCGAAGGAAAUCAAGGGGGUGCUGUUCGACCUCGACGGACUCCUUCUGGACACUGAGCCCCUCUACGAGAAGGCCAUCGCAGCGGUCCUGGCUGAGUACGGGCACGUGUACGACCAGGAGCUGAGGUCGCACGUAAUCGGCCGGGGCGAGGUGGAGGGCGCCAACCUCAUCAUCAACACCAAGACCCUGCCUCUCGGCCCGCACGAGUUCCUCGAGAAGCGCGAGGUGCACCUCAAAGAGCUCUUCCCCACCGCUGAGCCUAUGCCCGGCGCGAAGGAGCUGACGGCCUACUUCCACAAGAACAACAUCCCGAUGGCGGUAGCUACCAGCAGCCACAGGGAUGCUGUCACGUUGAAGCUGCAGAAGCAUCAGGAGUGGUUCAAGGUCUUCACCUACCUUAUCUCUGGCGAUAACGAGCAGGUGAAGAACGGCAAGCCCGCGCCCGACAUCUUCCUUGCCGCCGCUCGUGGCAUCAAUAUCGACCCCGCGCACUGCCUCGUCUUCGAGGACUCGCCAUCGGGUGCCGAGGCCGGCGCCAACGCCGGCGGCAUCGUGGUGGCCGUGCCCGAUCCCAUCAUGCCCCACGACAGGUACCCGCGGGCCAACCUCAUCAUCAAGACCCUCAACGACUUCCGCCCGGAGGCCUACGGCCUUCCUCCUUCCCAGUAG